AUGAGUACAGAAGCUCAAACAGUAGUGGUGAUCCAAGAUGCAUCAAGAGAUGUUGGUUUAAAGGCAAUAGAAAAGGCCCUCAAAAAGUUAUCAGUUAAAGCUGGAGAUCAGCUUAUAAUUAUUGCCAUUCUUAAUUGGUUUAGCAGUCCUAUGGGUUACAUGGUCUCAGUUGAUUCAAGUUAUUUUGUUUCAUCAAACAAGAAAAUCAUUGAAGAAAACUAUUCCAAGAGAAAGAAUGAUUAUCAUAUGAACCGGUACAUCAACAAGCUUUCUGAUUACUGUCAGACGAAUGAGAUUGAGUUCCAACUAGAAGUGCGUGUAGGAGCAGCUUCACAGGUUACUUCUGAGGCUGUAAAUCAAUUUCAGCCUACAACUUUGAUACUUGAUAGACAGAUCCACAGAAACAUGACGAAAUUCAUGGACAGGAUCCCUUGUGGUAUGUAUAGGAUAACGAGUGACAACUCAAUUGAAAAGUUGAAAGAUCCAAAAUCAUUAGCUGCCAAACUUUCUGAAAGGCACGAAAAUAUAAGCUAUUCGGAAAUGAUACCAGGAAAUGAAGAUGAUGGAUUUUCUUUUCAAAGUAAGUAUUUGUUAUGCAGAUAUUGGAAAGAAUAA